CUUAAGAAGAGCAUCACUUACAGUCAUAUAUCCAAAGUUCUGAUGGAGAAACGUUUUGACAAUUAAAACGAAGCAAAUGCAGGAAGUUACACUACAUAGAUACAACAACAAAAGUUGGAAACGUUUAAAACUAACCACAACUUUCUCAACAGCUUCACAGAUUUUUUUUUUAAUUUUGGCCUUUGAUAAACCUUUGAUUCCAGUGAGGUUCUGUGUCAAUCAAAAGGUUAAACAAAUACAAGUGAUGAUUAAGAAGCUGGUUUAUACCUUCUUAGUAUGCAUCAUGAGACCAUUGAGGUAUGGAUCCCAUCAUCUUCACAUCUCCAGCGUUUAUACCUUGACCGAUCACUGUGCAAAAGCAAAAAACAGCUACAGAUUUUGAGCCAGAUUUCUCUUCUACGAGUGUUUGGCGUAACCAGAAUCUCCAAACCCGAGUUACUAUUUCCUCAAUCCCAACCCCAGAAUCUCUCUUCCUCUCAUUCUUCUUCUUCUCUCAAAUCCACGGUAGCUUGUUCAAGCCGCAGAUGCUAUCCGGAGAAGCAUGGGUACGACGCGGAACGAAAGCGAAUCCGGAGUAUAGGAACUUGGGUGAUCACGCCGAGUCCGUACAGGUGAAACUAUACUUGGAUAUCACAAGCAUAUACAAUCAUCUGCUACCAUAAGCAGUUUGGGAGAAAGGCACCAAAGGAUAUUAAGAGCUUGGCAGCUAAUUAUAUGCAAGGAAAGGCUGGACAUCUCUCUCUCAAAGCUCAGUUCUGUCUGAAUCAUAGUUUGUAUUGUAUCCAUCUCUCACUAGCUCAGAGACCCACUUCGACUCUCUCUUUCUCUCUCGCUUCUUACAUCUCCAUGGCUGAGCCUGAACAUGAUGAUGCUGAUGACGUUUUGCUUCCUCGUUUCUUCAAGAUGUUCGUCUCUCACACAGACUCUGAAUCAUUUGCGAUUCCUUUGUCUUUCAUCGAAUUCCUUGCUGAUCCAUUGCCAAACACAGCAAAGCUCCAAGGCACUGGAGGAAGAGAUUGGACAGUUAGCAUGAAGAAAAUACGUGACGGUGUGUAUUUUACAGCUGGAUGGUCAAAGUUUGCACAGGACCAUGAACUUGUGGACGGAGAGUACUUGACAUUCGUGUAUGAUGGUAACCGAACCUUUGAAGUUAGUGUGUUCGGUCGUUUUGACUGUAAAGAGACCAGAGCUGAAGCGGAGACACUAGAGCUUUCUGGUUCUAGUUCUGAUUCUGAAGAAGACGAAGAACCUUCAUUGGAUGUUGAGCUUUCUGGUUCUAGUUCUGAUUCUGAAGAAGACGAAGAACCUUCAAUGGAUGUUGAGCUUUCUGGUUCUAGUUCUGAUUCUGAAGAAGACGAAGAACCUUCAAUGGAUGUUGAAUAUGACAUUAGCUUAGGUGAAGAUGAAGAAAUCAGCCAGAGUCUUUAUCCAUUUGAGGACGAAGCGACUGAAUCUGAUGCUGCUGCAGUUUUUGAAGGGAACGUAGACGUUAAAGCGCUAACUAAUCCACACUUUACAACUACCCUCAAGAUCAGGAAUAAUGAACUGGUAAAAGACGUAAGAUUCAGUUACUGUCUCUCUUUACUUUCAAUGGGGUUCUUACAUGUUGUGGUGGUUUGAAACUUGCAAGAAAUUUGAAGGAAUUAACAAAGAAUACUUCUUACCAUGAAAAAUGAAUUGGGCGACUGAACAAGACGCUUGAGCU